UUCACAGGUGAUCGCCCAUGGGACCUGCGUACACCCACCUCAGCGCACGGUCCCAAUUGCAUAAUGUAACUCGAGCUUCUGCGAGCUAAGAUGGCCUCUGGCUGAUGAAAACAUUCCCAGGUGCCCUUUGUCUCUUUCGGCCGCCUCUGCACCUUUACUCUGCACACAGGACUGGCCUGUGUUUAUCUUCACUGACCAAUCACGACGUCCCGUUCCUGUCAGGGCGUGGUGACGGAUCAGACAAUAUUUGCAGGCCCUCUGCAGUAACACAGCAAACUCUCUAGAGGUCAUGGACUUCCACUGGAACUGUUUCCAAGAUCAAAAGAUGCAAUACCAGUUCUCAUGAAACCUGAUAUGAAUAGAACAAUUCUGGUGUGACAGCAUGAAUGAGAUGGAGGGAAUGAGCAAAAGAAGAUUGAGUGAAUGGAUAAACCACAGAAAAGCUCUCAAGUGUUUUUUUAUCCUUGUUCACAACCCUGCAUCCAAUAUCUCCUCCUCCUCCUUGUGCUAACGUCCCUCCUUUCCUCCGCAAGGACCACAGAGAGAAACCUGAACCCUAAAAUUACCCCCUGCCUCAGUGAUGUUGUCGUGGCCUUGCAUGUGAGAGGAACACAACAGUCCAGCUGUCCACUAAUGCUGUGCUGGAUGGAGGGACCAGCCACAAAUAAGGCUUAAAACAUGACCAUCUCACCACAAAAAACAGGGUGAUGAUAAUCCUGUUACUGGUGAUGCUCCAGAACGACCACAUUCCCAGCGGCGGUGGGUGGUGGAAGAGACACGGUGUUUGCAGCGAACCAAAGCUCCCUCGGGAUUCCUGCGGAUCCUGAUCCUAAGAAGGCAGUAAAGUGGCUGCGCCCAAAGGAAAUCACCAGUAAUGCUGUCUUUGUUGAGGGCACCAUGGGCACCACCGAUAUCUGCCAGGGCCAGCUGGGUAACUGCUGGCUGCUGGCGGCCCUGUCCUGUCUCACCAUGCACCCGACUCUGUUUGUCAAAGUGGUUCCAUCUGGACAAAGCCUGAGUGAAUCCUACGCUGGCAUCUUCCGUUUCAGGUUCUGGCAGUAUGGUGAGUGGGUGGAGGUGGUAGUGGAUGACAGGCUGCCUGUGAGAGAGGGCCGUCUGCUUUUCAGCUACUCUCGCACCACCAACGAGUUCUGGAGCGCCCUGGUGGAGAAAGCUUAUGCCAAGCUGAUUGGAUCUUAUGGCAGUCUGAAAGGGGGGAUUAUCUCCGAGGGAAUGGAGGAUUUCACGGGGGGUAUCGCCUACUCCCUCCCGGUGUCUUCUCGACCCCCACGCAUGCUCUGGAAAGCCAUCACCGCUGCCCUGGCCAGGAGCAGUCUGAUCAGCUGCUUCAUACAUGCUACCAGUGUGAAGGACAUUGGCAUUGUGACAUCAGAGGGUCUCAUCAAAGGUCAUGCUUAUGCCAUCACUGAUACAGAGAAGGUCCAGAAGGCGUCUGAAGAGGUGUUCCUGCUGAGGCUGCGUAACCCCUGGGGGUUUGUUGAGUACUGUGGACCCUGGAGUGACAAGUGUAAAGACUGGGACUCUAUAGACAAUGCUCAGAAGGCCAAACUUGAGUUGGCCAAAGCUGAAGAUGGAGAAUUCUGGAUUGGAGUAGAGGACUUUUGCCGUCUGUUUAAUACAGUGGAAAUGUGCAGUGUGAAUCCGGACUCAAUGUCGGGGGAGGCGAGUGAUGACACGGCCACCCCGUCCUGGACACUGAGCACACAUCAAGGCUCCUGGGUCCCAAUGUGCUCUGCAGGGGGCUGCCGAAAAUACCCCAGAUCUUUCUGGAAAAACCCUCAGUUCCAGAUGAUUCUGUCUGAGAAAGAUGUGGAUGACAAUGACUAUGGAGAGGAUGAGGAAGGGGAGGAAGCGGAUGGAGAAGAGGAUGAAGACGUCAGUUUAGUGGCUCCUGUGAGCAAGACUGGGAAACAGGGAGAGAAAAAGAAGAAGUGCACGAUCCUGGUGGAGCUUCUCCAGAAAUACCGCAGACAGAAAGAUAAAAUCAACUUCCUCUACAUCGCAUUUCACAUCUACAAGGUCCCCUCUGAGCUACAGGAAAAACCAGGAUCUCUGGACCAGCAGUUCUUCUCCAACAACCGUGCGGUGGCUCGCUCUGGAAAGUACCGGAGCAUCAGGAGCGUGUGGAGGAAGGUUCACCUGGAGCCUGGAAACUAUGUGAUCCUAGCCUCCACCUUCAGGCCCAACCAGCAGGGGGAGUUCUUCCUCCGCAUUUACACCAAAACCGGCAACAUACAGGGAUUCCAGGAUUUCCCCUGCACCAACAACUACUCUGUGAUGGUCAUGUCAAAGCCAGCCUUACCCGAGGACCAGUUUAGGGUGCAGAAGUGGUUUGAUGAAAAGGCUGGAUCUGAUGAUAGAGUGAAUGCUGUGCAAUUCAUGAAUCUGAUGAAUUCAGUGUUGGAAAAAGACUAUGAGCUUCCUCUGGAGACCUGCAGACAGCUCAUCUUUGGAGAAGACACUGGAGGCAGAGGCCGUCUGAACAGAGCUCAAGCAGAGAAGCUGCUCACCUCCCUACGCAAUCUGCAGUCUAUCUUUUUUCAGUUUGAUGAGGAUUCGUCAGGAACUAUGAGUCCGUUUGAACUCAGUUUGGCUCUGAAUGCUGCAGGUGUGGAGUGUGACAAUGUGGUGGAGCAGAUGUUAUGGGAGAGGUUUGGCGCUGGUGAACAGUACCUGCCCUUCUAUGGCUUUGUGUCUUGUGUUGCCAGACUGCAGGUGCUCUUCGAUCUUUACGAGUCGGAGACCAACCCGGAGGUGAAGGAAAAGGGCAUCAACGCUUGGCUGCUCAAGCUGUUGGCUGUGUGAGCCUGUCCAGACCCGACACCUCAGCGGGACAGUUCUGCUAGGCCAAGGCUGCUCUGACGUCAUCCACCUGGGUCUACGUCUCCUACAUCUCCCCCCUUCUAUCUCAUCAACCCACUCACUGCUCCAUCAGUCGGGGUCCAUAACCAUGUAGUUCAACACCGCCUGAUGCAAAACAUGAAAUCCCCCUUACCCCACAUACAUUCACAUUUAAGAGAUUUUAAAGAGAUUUUUACUUGUGAUUUAACAUUUUAUCAUCAUUUACUCACCCUGAUGUCGUUCCAAACGCAUAUUACACUUUUUCUUCUGUGGACCAAAAAAGAAGUUAUUUAAGCAGAAUGUCCAAGUUACUUUUAUUUGCUACAGUUAGGGAAAAGAGCAGCUUGGACAUUCUGCUAAAUAUCUACUUUUGUCUUCCACAGAUACGAAAUAGACAGAAAUACAUACGGGUUUGUAAUGAAGGUAAAUGAUGACAAAAUGUAAAAAAAAAAUCUAUAUCUAAAAAGCGUUGUAACACAUUUACACAUUUGAUUAAUAGAGCUGCAAAUUCAACCUGGGAUAUAUGUUGCUAUAUCCCUUGUAAGUUGUAACAAGCAGCCUAAUUGCAUUUUUUUAAAAUUCGUACAGCAUGACUCGUACUUCCUCUUGUACUUUUUCCCUCUUAUGAACAUUGUGUAUCUUUCCUUAAUCUCUUAAAAAGUCAAGAAUGCUUCCAAAUAUAAAAGCACCAAGUCAUAAUCUUUUCAUCACAGGG